AGUGUGGUAUGACAAGGUCACUCCAGGCAGUCCGGAGAGGCGCGCGGUCGUCUCUGCGGAACAGAUAGCAUCGCCACGUGAGCGCGCGCAUUCAGCACCUGGGGGCUCGCGGACAGUCGGCAGGACCGCCAGCACUGGACAACUCGCGCACGGUUCGGAAUCAGUUUCUUUUAAAAUAAAUAAAUAAAUCAGAUCAGGCAAACUUAAAUUUCGGUUAAAGAAGGAAGUUAAAGUCAGCUGACGUCGUCAUAACGCGCGGGAUUAACUGGGGAAAAUAUCAACGGUGGGAAAUGAGCCCUGGUCAUCUAGCUGAAGGUCCUGCUCUGAGUGUCUCAUAGUGCCCCAAAUAGAUCCACAAUGGAGUUAGUUGAAAGGAUUUUCAGAAGAGGCUUCAUCAUUUCCCAAGACCAUCUGGGUGAAGUUUUCCUCUUUGUAGUGACACAGUUUGGUUCUUCAUGUUAAGGCUGUCAUGUGACUGUUGUAGGGGAGCCUCCACUAUAUUUGAUUGAAAAAAUAAUACAGUAAAGAUCCAAGGGCUGCAUGACUGAAACUCGAAAGCUACUCUACAAACGGUAGGUUUCAGCAUACCUAAGAUUUUAUAUGAUAUGAAAUGUAAGUGUAUGCAUCAGUUUUAAGAAUGAAAUGCCUAUUUUGAGCCAAGAGUCAACCAGAUAACUACAAACAUCUGCUUCACCAUAGCGGUAUAAUUUCUGCAUUAACUUUAAUUUUCUCAUUUUUCUUGUUUGUUCUCAUUUGUUUUCAAGACUGGCAGCGUAUUGAACAAGAAUGGCCUAAGGGAUACAAAACAGACAACCAACAUCUCAGUAAAGAGAACUGAAAAAGACAGUCUGUGAUUGUCUACUGCUGCGAUUCUUUUCGCCAAAGCUCAAUGCUUUUACUGAGGAUGUCUCUUAAAGAGAAGUCAACACACAAGUGAAGAUGAACCCUUAUGUCACCUCACACUUCAGGAGGGAUCUCUUUCCCCAUUUCCAUUUGUUGUAGACUCUUGUCUACCCUGCUAUUACUGGGUGAAUCAAGUGGCCUCUUCUAUAUUUGUACUUUUAGAGCAGUAGCUGUUGUCUCUUGUUUUUGUGUUCUCUUUGCUUUUGCCACAGUGUAGAGUUGCGUUGAGGUUUUGAUUCAAUCCACUAUUUCAAAGAGACUGAAUGUGGAUACUCAUGUAUACUUGUCAGGAUUUGGUAGUUGAGUUUCCUGGAAAUGGUUGGGCAAGGUAAAUACACUAUAAGCUUACCUUUUCUUUGCCUGAUGUGUUUGCACAUUUCUUGUUUGCUUUAUUUAAACUUUUGUCGGUUCUUAAGAAUUAUUUCUGUGUAUUUAUUUGCGUUUAUUUGCUAAUUGAAUUUUAGAUUAUUUCUGAUACACUUCAAACUUUCUCCUGCAAGUUGUUAUUUACACAUUGCAUCUGUUUUUUUUUUUUUUUGCUUGUUUGUUUUGUUUUGUUUUGUGGAAACUGUUUCUGAUGGUCAGGUAGCCUUCUGUGAUCUGGUGCAAACAGAUGCUGAGUUAGAGACUACCAUCAACAAACUCAGUUACACUAUCAGUAUCUCAGUCUGCUCCUUCUUUGGCACACACCUGAUCUAUCAACUUUGGCGCUGGAUCUCCAGAAAAAUGCAGGAAACUUAGGUGACCUGUGUGCUUACCUUUUCCCUCCAUAUAAAUCUUCCACUUAGAGCUGAAAACACGUGUAAUGUUGGAAAUAGAUCAAAGUAAUCUCUGUUGUUUUCUUCCCUUCUUCUUAUCUUUUGUCAGGCGUAGGUGAUCUCUCAGCUGUAAUGCUGAGCUGUAAUGAGACCAAGAAGUUGUGAAACUGGGAGGAACUUUUAUCGUAAGAAUUCGCAUGUUUUUUUUCUUUCUUGAUUGCAUGUUGGAAAUUAAUUUACCAUAUCGUCCCAUUUGAAGUUGAUUAGAAUUUGUCUGUCUUGUAUGCAGCUUUCCCCCUGUAAUGAGCAGUAUAUCCCUUACAUGUUUCCUAGUCCAUGGCAUUAUCAGUUUAUACCUUCUAGAAAUUACCUGCUUGAGGCUUCCCUUUUAUUGUUUUGAACUGAACAGAACCCAUCCUGCAUGCCAUUGUGAUGUCUGUUGAGGUCAAUAUGCCCCCCAACUCCUUGCCAAAGGAAUUCUUGUAAACACAUAAGUAGACUCUUUGGGUUGCUGAUAUUCUUCUUUCUAGCUUGCUUCACUUCACCUUCUUCAGCGAGUUGUAUGAUUAUUUUAAAGAUAUUGGUUGUUAAAGAUCACACCUGUGGACUUACUUCAAGAAAUCCCAUUUUGCUGCUGAAUGAUCUGUCAUUGAAAAUAUAGACUGUACUGGGAAACAGCAUUACACCAUAAUGGAAGUAAACAAGUGACUUAUCAAUGGCGAUGGAGGGAAUUAUCAUCUGGUUGGCCACUUGAAGUUAUCUCUUCAUGAAAAAGGACUUAAAGGCUGACUGUGUUGUUAGCUCCGCAUGCUUAACUUUCUGUAUCAAGGUGCUUAAUACCACAUUAACAAUCAAAUCAAGGCACACUGAGGAAUACUGAGAAACUGUGAGCUUCCAUAAGAAAGAGGAGACUUUAUAGCGCAUGAUGGGAGCAGCACGUGUGAAACGUCGCUUCAGUGCUGUGGUGGAUGGGCCAGUGGAGGAGGAAGAGGUCAUGAGGCUGGCACAGAGUGCUGCAGAUACAGCUAGGGCAGGAGGGAGUCCAACAGGGUCAGGGACCCCAACAAGCCCCUCCCCGACCCAUGCUCUGAAUGGCAAAACUCUACCUCUCCAGAGCAACACCAACAAUGCACGGAGGCAGAGUGCCAUUGGAGAGUCAGUUGGAGGAGAUGCAGGAGAAGGCGGGGUGAGAGCAGGAGGAAUGUGCUCAGGGCUAAGGAGUGUAAAAAGCAGUAGUGUAGGAGGAAGAAGUAAAGGCCGGUCAUCCUCGGACCAGGAUUCACUCUCUUCCCCCUCCACUACCAGCCGCAGGCGCACGAGGCGCUCUAGCCGCCGGCCCCGACAACGCUUUGUGGGCAAGGACGGACGCUGCAACGUCACCUUCGUCAACAUGAGCGAGAGGGGCCAGCGGUACCUCAGCGACCUCUUCACUACCUGUGUGGACAUACGCUGGCGCUGGAUGCUUGUCAUCUUCACCCUCUCCUUCCUUCUCUCCUGGCUGCUCUUUGGAUUUGCCUUCUGGCUCAUUGCCUCUGCGCAUGGGGACCUCUCCAUUCGGCUCACCCCCAAUUCAGGCUCCCCUGCAGGAUCAGGAGAGGCCGGGUCUGGGGGAGAGUCUGAUAGAGAGGCAGUGGUUGAGGAGCCGUGCUUCCUCCAGGUGAACAGCUUCAUGGCAGCCUUUCUAUUCUCCUUGGAGACGCAGACAUCCAUCGGUUACGGAUUCAGAAGCGUGACCGAAGAAUGUCCCCUGGCGGUGGUGGCGGUCGUUUUGCAGUGCAUUGUGGGCUGCAUUAUUGACGCCUUCAUCAUCGGGGCUGUCAUGGCAAAGAUUGCCAAGCCCAAGAAGCGCAAUGAGACAUUGGUGUUCUCCGACACAGCUGUAGUGGCGCUGAGGGAUGGGAAACUCUGUAUGAUGUGGCGGGUCGGAAACCUACGCAAGAGCCACCUGGUAGAGGCACAUGUUCGAGCCCAACUACUGAAGUCAAGGGUGACGGAGGAGGGGGAGUUCCUCCCACUGGACAAUACCGACAUCAAUGUUGGUUUUGACACUGGCACCGACCGCAUCUUCUUGGUCUCGCCAGUGACAAUUGUCCAUGAGAUCAAUGACGAAUCACCCUUCUUUGAGAUUGACCGAAAGACCCUGGAGAACGACUCUGAGUUGGAGGUGGUGGUUAUACUCGAGGGAAUGGUGGAGGCCACAGCCAUGACCACACAGUGCCGUAGCUCCUAUCUGGCCUCUGAAAUCCACUGGGGACAACGAUUUGAACCAGUGCUCUUCGAGAGGAAAGACUGCUACCAGGUGGACUAUUCGUUCUUUCAUCGGACCUAUGAAAUCCCAGACACACCUUCAUGCAGUGCUAAAGAACUGGCUGAGCAGAAGUACAUUCAAAGCUCACGCUCGUCAUUCUGCUAUGAGAACGAAGUGGCUCUGCAACUUGUGUCCCCUGAUGAUGAGCCUGACCAAGACGCUGAGUGUCCCUCCCCACUGACCCGAAGGCAGUCCCUAGCAGAACAUCUCCAUUAUAACUGAACCCAUGUGAUAGGAGGCCUUAAGGAACAGGAAGAGACAGGAAGUUACCCUUUAGGUUUGGAGGAGGAAUAGAGUGGGUUAGACGGGUAGGAAAGAGCAGACCAAGACAUACAGGAUUAAAAGUAGAUUGGGCCAUGCAUUUGCUAGCGUCAGAAUAAAGGAUAGGGAGUCCAGAACACGAGAGAUUCAAAUGAUCUGUUGGAAUUUUUAAAGGUUUGUAAGUUUUAGAGAAGCACUCCUCUACAGAUUAGAUUACAAAGAAAAAUAGAAAGGAUAUGAACAGAUAGAGAUACUCUCAGAGGUUUGGGUCAGUCUACAGGGAAGGUGGGUGACAACAAUGUCCUAGUUGUCUGAUUGGUCCUGGCAAUCUUUCAAAAUCACUGAAAACUCGUCUGCAAAGUCUCACAUCUGGCCCAUUGCUACCACAACACGCUCAUCUCGCUCUAAUGCCUGCCAAGCAGAACAGGCAACAGCAUUCCCUUGUGGCUCUAACCUGCAACUGCACCCCAGUUGUAUAUUCUGCAAACUGUGACCUCUAUCUGAAGAAACUUCUGUGUGAAAUGAAUGGUAGUGUACUUAGUGAGGUACAACUCAGGAAUGUCUUCCACUAUGAUGCUGAUUUAUCAUUUUAAUGCUUUAUUUUCUUAUGGUAAGUAUGGAUAGUGCACAUUGUAAACUCUGAGCUUGAGACAGGGGUCUGAUGAGAAUGCAGUUGAGGCUAGGCUAUUUGUAAAGCCAAAGCAGAGGACCAGUAACAUGGAGAAACUGCUGAAAACUAGCAGCGGUUUUGGGCAGUUUCUUUUCCAUGAUACUUGCUGGAUUUUUUUUUCUCUGUGUGUACUGCAAAAAAUGUUCAAUGAUUGUAACAUGUGCUUUAUUUCAUCUAACAUUCAGCGUUCAGGUAAAUGACGCAGUCAGGGGAGGCAUGGUAGUGUUAGUCAUUUUCAAAUCACUACAGCGCUGCACAAUGACAGAUGACGACGGCUGUGUCCAGAUCAGUUAAUUACCAUAUAUGCUUGCACUACUAUCUACAGUAUCUUCUCACAUUGCUACAAUCAACCACACUUUAUUGUUUUGUUUUGUGACUCUUAGAUUCUAGCACUUAACGACUAUGACACAUGGCACAUGGGAGACCCUUGAUGGUUUAGAUUGAAGCAAAAGGGGUUGCUCUCAUCAACUCAGUAAAUGCACCGGAGGUCUACAGUCACCUCCAACAACGUGAGAGCCUAACUGAGCUGAACAGAGUUGCGUCUGGCUUGCUGAUGCUGUAUCUCUGAGAAUAAAACAACUGUCUAACAUCUUCCCCAGGUGGAUGAGGACUGAACUGGAAAGUACAACACAUUCAUAGUAAAUAAUUUGGUAUUUUUGUGCCCUUUAACUCAUCUGGCAUCCUUCUCUAAUUGUGGAAUGAUCCAGUUGGUUUCUCUUAAAAAUUGUGAGAACAGUGUAGUGAGUGGUGCCUUCAUAACAAACUGGAUAUUUUGCAUCUCACCCUUCAUCUGAAGCAGUGAAUUUCAUAUUUAAGACGUGCUUAAAGCUAAUUCUUAUUGUUUUUAUUUGCAUAAUGCUAUGCAAGAGUGUUUUUUUUCAGUCACUUUAAUAUUUACAGUACGUUGGUCAAAGUAGACAAAGAUGUCUAUGCAAAUUAAUUACUGUGAAUCUGCUCAGUAACUGAGUCUCAAUAUAAACAUGCACUGAUAACAGAAAAAUGCUUGUAGCUGUAUUGUACUCCAUGUAAUAGUUGAAGUUUGUAGUUAUAUUGCAAAGCACCGGCAAUGUUAUUGUUUAUUUUAGAUCCUGUAAUGAUUUGGAGUAAAUUACGUCACCUAAUUAUUUAAGUGUUUCAUUACCACGGUGUUGGUGUAAAGGAAAAUAACUUGGUGUCAUGAAUGCUAUCACACGAUAUAAGGUGCUGACCAAUAAUCAGACUGACCAACGCACAGUCUGAGAACUUGUUAUUUGCACAAGAGUAAUACGGGGAGACUAAUAUCACUAAUGAAGCUCUACGACAGCACAGUAGUGUUGCUGGGUCAGCACAGGUUAACCUCAGUAAAUCAGUCGCAGUGUUUCACUCCAGUUAUUGAAAGAUUUUUGUUAUGGUAACCUCUAGGUGGAUGGGUGGGGGGGUAUUGAUAAAAUAUUAUCUGUUACACUUACUUUUAAUGCUGUUCAAUGUUUGUGUCCUCCCUUGCAUUUCUCCUUAAUGGCAACCAUGUUCUAUUUUUAGGCUGCACAGUGGGUCAUGUUGUUCACCCUGCCUCCACUUCCAUGAAAUGCAACUUGACCUUUUAGCACCAUCACUUUAACAACAAUAGCACUUUUUACACACCUGGGAAAGAAAUAGACAGAUGGAUUAUUUUGGCAUUUUACUGGUUGCUUAGCAUUCACAACUCACAUGACAUAUACUACAUUUUUUAAAUCCUAGGUAUUUGUAAUAGUGUAAAAUACAUAUUUUACACAGUGUAAAAUACAUAAUAUACUAUUAUACUUCAAACAUUUUUAUUGAACUAGUGAGAUGAAACCAAUAAAAACUGUACCUACCUUUCUUAGGUUGUUUUUCAAAAGAGAAAGGGAAACCUCUCUUCUCCAACAUUGAAAUGUAAUUUCAGAGCUGCCUCAGGCACAAAGCACUUCCAAAUGAUACUGAACUGUGUUGUAUAGCCAAUAAAACACAGCAAUUGAAUAGAAAUUAUUGGUUGCUUCUUUAUUUGCUCUCCUAGAAGCUCUCCUUGUAGCUCACAUUGCACUCAAAGUUUUAUAUUUAAUAUUAUUUGCAACAGCUGUAUAUUUUCACUCAUGGCCUUGUCUAUCAGAAUACUUUUUGGAGUUAAACCUUGAAAGGAAAGAAGAUAUUUUUUUCAGCAAUAAGUGGAAGAAUGUUUCAUUUUAUGUAAAUAAAACAAUACCCGAAUGAAUGACUGAAUUGCACAACCUUGACAGUUAAAGGAGUAAAGUGAAUGUAUUAAAUUUUUGAUUUCUGCAUACUGUGUUGUCAAAAUAACAUGCAUGCCAGAAAAUAGGUCUGACCUAU